CGCAGCUAAUGGUGGAAAUAAGAGGUUUGGAAAGUGUAGCCUUCAGGAUUAGGGACAAAACAAAAUAUGAAUGUGUGCAACAGUACUGAUCUUCCUGAAGUUGAAAUCAUCAGUCUGCUGGAAGAACAGCUGCCCCAUUACAAGCUAAGAGCAGAUACAAUCUAUGGUUAUGACCACGACGACUGGCUUCACACGCCUCUCAUUUCUCCUGAUGCCAAUAUUGACUUAACAACGGAACAAAUAGAAGAGACAUUGAAAUACUUCCUUUUAUGUGCUGAAAGAGUGGGCCAGAUGACUAAAACAUACAAUGACAUAGAUGCUGUUACACGUCUUCUUGAAGAGAAAGAGCGAGACUUGGAAUUAGCUGCUCGGAUUGGCCAGUCACUGUUAAAGAAGAAUAAAACGCUAACCGAGAGAAAUGAAUUGCUUGAGGAGCAGGUAGAACAUAUCAGAGAAGAGGUUUCUCAGUUGCGCCAUGAGCUGUCCAUGAAGGAUGAGCUGCUCCAGUUCUAUACUAGUGCUGCUGAAGAAAGCGAGCCGGAAUCCAUCUGCACUACACCGCUGAAGAGGAACGAAUCAUCGUCCUCUGUCCAGAACUAUUUUCACUUGGAUUCUCUUCAAAAGAAACUCAAAGACCUUGAGGAGGAGAAUGUUGUGCUUAGAUCAGAGGCCUGUCAGCUGAAGACUGAAACAAUUACUUAUGAAGAGAAAGAACAGCAGCUUGUAAAUGACUGUGUGAAAGAGCUGAGGGAUGCAAACAUCCAGAUUGCCUCUCUCUCCGAAGAGUUAGCAAAGAAAACUGAAGAUGCUGCCCGGCAGCAGGAAGAGAUCACCCAUCUUCUCUCUCAGAUAGUUGAUCUUCAGAAAAAGGCAAAAGCUUGUGCAGUUGAAAAUGAAGAACUUGUCCAGCACCUGGGGGCAGCCAAAGAUGCUCAGCGGCAACUCACAGCAGAAUUGCGAGAGUUGGAAGACAAGUAUGCAGAGUGCAUGGAGAUGCUUCAUGAGGCGCAGGAAGAGCUGAAGAACCUUCGGAACAAGACUAUGCCAAAUGCCAUAUCACGUCGCUACCACUCCCUAGGCCUCUUUCCCAUGGACUCCUUGGCAGCAGAGAUAGAAGGGUCAAUGCGGAAAGAACUGCACCUGGAUGAGCCCGACGCUCCUGACUUAGUUCAUCAGAAGCGAGUCUUUGAGACUGUGAAAAAUAUAAACCAGGUUGUCAAGCAGAGAUCCAUGACUCCAUCUCCAAUGAAUAUCCCAGGCUCCAAUCAGUCUUCUGCUAUGAACUCAGUCAUUUCUAGCUGCAUCAGCACUCCACGUUCCAGCUUUUAUGGAGGAGACAUCUCCAACAUUGUGAUAGACAACAAAACCAAUAGCAUCAUUCUAGAAACGGAGCCUUCUGACAAUGGAAAUGAAGAUAAAACUAAGAAGCCUGGAACCCCAGGAACCCCAGGCUCUAGUGACCUGGAGACUGCCCUACGAAGACUGUCCCUUCGGCGAGAGAAUUACCUCUCAGAGAGGAAGUUCUUUGAAGAAGAGCAGGAAAGGAAGUUGCGGGAACUGGCGGAGAAGGGUGAACUCCACAGUGGUUCCAUUACUCCAACGGAAAGUAUCAUGUCACUGGGAAUGCACUCCAGGUUUUCAGAAUUCACUGGCUAUUCAGGAAUGUCCAUCAGCAGUCGCUCCUAUCUUCCAGAGAAGCUUCAGAUUGUGAAGCCCCUAGAAGGUUCUGCCACUCUGCAUCAUUGGCAGCAGCUCGCUCAGCCCCACCUUGGGGGAAUUUUGGACCCAAGGCCUGGGGUUGUCACGAAGGGCUUCAGAACUCUGGACCUUGACGUGGAUGAAGUGUACUGCCUUAAUGACUUUGAGGAAGAUGAGACAGGUGACAUUUCUUACAAGGGCCUAACUACCUCGACGCCAGUUCAGCACACAGAGACCUCAGGUGAGAGGUCACAAGCACAAGUGACUGUUUCAGACAGCAAGAAUAAUCCAAGCCAGUCUCAGGCUUUCACAGAGGAGAUGCAGGACUCCACGACUGCCGGUGAUGAGGGGUCUGUACAUCAUCCUGGGAAGUGCAUGUCACAAACCAACUCCACCUUCACCUUCACCACCUGCCGCAUUCUGCACCCCUCCGAUGAGCUCACCCGAGUCACUCCAAGCCUUAACGCAGCACCUACUCCAGCUUGUGGCAGCGUUAGCAAUUUAAAAGGCACACCAGUGGCCACCCCGUGCACCCCUCGACGUUUAAGCUUGGCAGAAUCCUUCACUAACCUCCGGGAAUCAACGACUACUAUGAGCACAUCCUUGGGACUGGUGUGGCUGCUUAAAGAACGGGGGAUCUCUGCAGCCGUGUACAAUCCACAAAGCUGGGACAGAGCUAGCAAGGGCACUCUCCUGACCACGUAUUCUCCUAAAAUGGCUAUCAUUCCUUCGACUCCUCCAAACUCCCCUAUGCAGACUCCCUCUUCCUCCCCUCCAUCUUUUGAAUUCAAGUGCACCAGUCCACCUUAUGACAACUUCCUGGCUUCCAAACCUGCCAGCUCCAUUUUGAAGGAGGUGAGAAAUAAAAAGAACAUCAGGAACAGUGAGAGUCAGACUGAUGUGUCUGUCUCCAACCUUAAUCUUGUGGACAAAGUGAAGCGGUUCGGGAUUGCCAAAGUAGUUAGUUCGGGGCAAUCACAAGCUCCUUCCUUAAGCGAUGACCAGGGACCUCUUCUCUGUGGGGCACAGGGACCAGUGAGGGCCUUUGUUCCCACAGGCCUAGCGCCAGAAGGUCUACCCUUGGGCUGCCCUGCUGUAACAAGUGCCAUUGGGGGCAUUCAACUGAACAGUGGCAUUCGAAGGAACCGGAGCUUCCCAACUAUGGUGGGCUCCAGCAUGCAGAUGAAAGGCCCUGCAACUCUCACUUCAGGCAUCCUCAUGGGAGCCAAGCUACCGAAGCAAACUAGUUUACGGUGAAGGAUUAAUUUUUAUGGCUUGUCUUUUAAACAGAUACCAGGAAUCCUCCUUUUCCAGUCCUUUUUGUUUUUUCUUCCAUUGCCUCCUGAGUUUGACAAAUCAACUUUGUGCCUAAUGGGAGAAGCGUGUAAAUUUGUACAAUGUGUAAAUAUGUACUUGAAUCUGAUAUAUUGUAACUAAUUGGAUUAUUUUACUGUCAACUGAGUGCAAAAUGUUCUUAACACUGCAAUUUGCUGUACUGAGGGUUUAACUUGCUAACCUUUUGAAAGGGUUAUUUUUAAAGAUGCACUGAAAAAAAGAGACAAAAAAAUCCUAACUAGAAAAGUGAAAUUCUGUAGCUAGGCUAACUUGACAGUUGGAAAGCAUAGCAAGGCUGCUGGAUUAUUGAUUAAUACCUGAGACUUUGAAUAACAGCACACAGGGCGCCUGUGAGCAUUUAUACUUCAUUAAAUGCUUUAAAAAUCACUGUUCAGCAUUUGUUAUUUACAUUUUGCAUUUGUGGUGUUGGGCUAUUUGAAUGCAUGCCUGACCUAAUGAGACUUCUAUUGUUUUCUACCGCACCCCCAUCAUAAAACUUGAAAUAACCAUGUUUUCGAGGUCAGCAGGUCUGCUGGGUGCCUGAAACAAUGAUACAUUUCCACUACUGCUGUUUCACCUGUCACAUCUAUAUUCUGUGUGACUUUGUGUUGGCUUUUUUUCACCCCCCUGAUGCUGCACUGGACUGUAGAAGGGAAAAUGCUUUAUAUUAUGUUCCAUUGCUAACACUGAAACACACCUUGCAAACUAUCCCUAAAAGAGUAGUGUUCAUGAUUCAUAAGGAAACAUGGCAGCCUCAUUCUGGGAGCCAAAGUAGCUGAAUGGAUUGGAAAAUAUAGUGUUCUUUUAGAACGAUAUUAAGCAGUAUUGGGAAAAGGUGUGUCCGUGAAAUACCAUGCAGGGAAGAACCACAAAAGCAUUUAGUAGCAGAUUGGUACAAGUGAAAGAGAACAACUUCUGAGCUUCUGUUUGCCUGUUUUCUCUACAGUUUUUAUACAUAAAGAAUAUACAAAUGUUAAGUGGUUUUGUAACUGCGUGAGAGUCUGUCUGUCUUUCACUGUGUUUUCAGAGAAACCUGUUUUCCUACAGGUCCAACCUUGCUAGAAGGAACAGUUUGGAUUUUGGUCAGAAGAACCUAACGUAUGUUGGAAUAUUCCUCCCUGCCUGUCCCAAUUCUAUGUUUAGGUGCUUGUAAUAAGAUUCGAUAGCUCUUGAAAUAAAAAUGGACAAAAAAUUACUGACUUCAUAGCCAAAGCAAGGCCGUCUUUCAGCUUCUAGUUUGUUUGUUUUUUAAACUUCUGGCAUCUACUUUUUUUUCCCCUUGCAAUUCAAGCACCUAGUUUGUUUAUUGCCACCAAUACUGCACUACUUGUAACUGCCAUGAAUUGCCAUUUGUACCAGACUGUUACUAAAUCAUUAGCACUGAUCAUUUAUUAUAUAAAUGGAACUGUCUUUUAGUCUUUGACAAGAGAUGGGUGUGUUUUGUUUUUGUUUCUGGUUUUGUUUUGUUUUUUUGAAUGAGGUAGAUACUAGAGUAGUGCAAUGGACACUAAGGAUAUUUUGAGAGAAAACACAUGAUCCAAAUACUGCAUGUGUUUUGAAGACUUCUAUUUAUUAUACGAACUUAAAAAUGUUUUAGUAAAAUGUCAUCAGCUCUAUUUGCUGUUGUAUGCGUGCACUUAUUGCAAGUAACUUUAAGUAUCUUUUUAUUUGAAUGUAUUCUAAAACAGUAGAUAGAAUAACAAUUGUUUCUGAAACAUCAUAGACUUAUAUGGACCAUUUUAUGUACCCAGAGAGAAAAAGCAAUACCAUAUGAGAAUUUAAAAUGUUAAACUUUAUCAUGCAAUUGGGAAGUAUUACUUAGCCUUUAAAGAGACAGUAGGAAGUAUCCAACCGCCAGAAAAAAAAAUGAUUGUAACAUGUCAGAAAGAGAGAACUUAAAUUUCUUCACGGAUGAAUAUCAAUAAAAUCAAAUGAAAAUUA